GGACGUAAGACGAGCCAUAAAAGCUGUACUGAUACAUUUUGGGUUGACAUUCUCCGCCCGCACGGCUUUUCUUUUUUUAAACAACUGCCCUCCCUCCUCCUCGCCGUUACCGUCAUCGCCCUCAUCAUUACCACCACCUCCACUGGGCGGCCCCUGCCUUUGACGCCGGCGGGGGCGGCCCAAAAUGGCGGCGGCGCGGCUGCUGCUGCUGCUAUUGCUGACGAAAAGCCCGGCCCGGCGCGAGCGACAAUAGAGAAGAGAGAGCGCGUGAAGGGAAGGAGCGGCCGCUCGCUCGCGGGCUGGUCCUCCUCAGCCGCCGCCGCCGCCGCCGCCGUCGCCGUCGUUUUCGCUCUCCGCCGCCCCGCCGCUCUAGCAUGGUGCGGGUCCGCCGCCACUUGCUCCCUUUUGCCGCCCCGAGCUGACCUAUCCUCUCACUGAGACUCUGCUCUGCUCGCUCUCUUCCGCCGCCAGCAUGGGCGAGAGGUUGGAGCUCAGGCUGAAGUCGCCAGUGGGAGCGGAACCGGCCGUCUACCCCUGGCCCCUGCCCGUUUAUGACAAACACCAUGAUGCUGCUCACGAAAUCAUUGAGACAAUUCGGUGGGUCUGUGAAGAAAUUCCAGACCUCAAGCUUGCUAUGGAAAACUAUGUUUUAAUUGACUAUGAUACUAAAAGCUUCGAAAGCAUGCAAAGACUUUGUGACAAAUACAACCGAGCUAUUGACAGCAUUCAUCAGUUGUGGAAAGGAACCACCCAACCCAUGAAACUGAAUACCCGCCCUUCCAAUGGGCUUCUGCGCCAUAUCCUACAGCAAGUAUAUAACCACUCAGUGACGGACCCAGAAAAACUCAACAACUAUGAACCCUUUUCCCCAGAAGUGUAUGGAGAGACUUCUUUUGACUUGGUGGCCCAGAUGAUAGAUGAAAUAAAAAUGACUGAAGAUGACCUCUUUGUAGACUUAGGCAGUGGUGUGGGUCAAGUUGUGCUCCAGGUGGCUGCAGCCACAAACUGCAAGCAUCACUAUGGUGUGGAGAAAGCUGAUAUUCCGGCCAAAUACGCUGAGACGAUGGACAAAGAAUUCAGAAAGUGGAUGAAAUGGUAUGGGAAAAAACAUGGAGAUUACACACUGGAAAGAGGUGAUUUCCUCUCAGAAGAAUGGCGAGAAAGAAUCGCAAACACAAGUGUUAUCUUUGUGAAUAACUUUGCUUUUGGUCCUGAAGUGGAUCACCAGUUGAAGGAGCGAUUCGCAAACAUGAAGGAAGGUGGUCAGAUAGUAUCCUCAAAACCUUUUGCACCAUUAAACUUUAGAAUAAACAGUCGAAACUUGAGUGAUAUUGGCACUAUAAUGAGAGUUGUAGAAUUGUCACCACUGAAAGGAUCUGUCUCAUGGACCGGGAAACCAGUUUCUUACUACCUGCAUACUAUUGAUCGAACCAUACUUGAAAACUACUUCUCUAGUCUCAAAAAUCCAAAACUCAGGGAAGAACAAGAGGCAGCUAGACGUCGACAGCAACGAGAAAACAAGAGUAACACAACAACUCCAACAAAAGUCCAAGAAAACAAGGACGAUGGUGCUGAAGAAGACAAGAACCUCGGGGCCAACACUGUCAAAAAGCCAUCUCCCUCCAAAGCACGCAAGAAGAAGCUGAGCAAAAAGGGAAGGAAGAUGGCUGGUAGGAAGCGUGGGCGCCCCAAGAAAAUGAACGUGGUGAAUGCCGACCGCAAGAUCAAGAAGAACCAAACCGCGCUGGAGCUUCUCCACGCUCAAACUGUAUCACAAACAAAUUCAUCCUCUCCUCAGGAUGCCUACAGGUCACCUCAUAGUCCAUUUUACCAGCUACCUCCUAAAGUGCAGCGGCAUUCGUCCAACCAGCUCUUGAUUACUCCUACUCCACCUGCACUACAGAAGCUGCUAGACUCUUUUAAGAUCCAGUAUAUGCAGUUCAUGGCUUAUAUGAAAACAAAUCAAUAUAAGGCAACUCUUCAGCAGUUAUUGGAACAGGAAAAGGAAAAGAAUACUCAGUUAAUGGGAAAGGCUCAGCAGUUGUUUACUCACUGCCAGGCUCAGAAAGAAGAAAUCAAACGACUGUUCCAGCAGAAGCUAGAUGAGCUGGGUGUUAAGGCACUGACGUACAAUGACCUUAUCCAGGCCCAGAAAGAAAUUUCUGCUCACAACCAGCAACUGAAAGAGCAGACCAAACAGCUGGAGAAAGAUAAUGGUGAACUCAGGAAUCAGAGUUUACAGCUGCUGAAAGCUAGAUGUGAAGAACUAAAGUUGGACUGGUCAACACUUUCACUGGAAAAUCUUCUCAAAGAAAAGCAAGCAUUAAAAAAUCAGAUUUCUGAGAAGCAAAAGCACUGCUUGGAAUUGCAGAUCAGCAUUGUGGAGCUUGAGAAAAGCCAAAGGCAGCAGGAACUCCUGCAGCUGAAAUCCUACAUGCCCUCUGACGAAUCGCUGCCAGCCCAGCCACGUCACAAAAACCACCUGAACCGGGAAGCGGAGCCUGACCACAACACGCUUCACCUGGAGCUAGAGUGCCCCAAGUUUCCUGUGCCCCAGGUCAAUGGCCUGAGUCCCGAACUGUCCAUAAAUGGCCAUGCCACAUCUUACGAAAUUCACAACGCACUCAGCCGACCAGCUUCUAAGCAGACUACUCCUCAAUAUCCACCUGCUCACAUGGACCAAGACAUAAUUCCUUGCACCCCGAUCCAUAGCUGCAGACAGAAGCUGGACAAAGGCUCAAAUUUAUCUCUGCCAGAUUAUACCAGGUUUUCUCCAGCUAAGAUCGCCCUCCGGAGGCAUUUGAACCAAGACCAUAUAGGCAGUGGGAAAACAGCACCCAGUGAGAACCAUCAGAGGGCUGAACAUUUAAAAGAAAACGGCCUUCCAUUUCAAAGCCCUUCAGUGUCGAACGGCAUGAAGAUGAGCCCUCUGGAAGCCAGACCCUCCUCCCCAGCAGCCUUCCCAGCUGGGAAUGAGAAGGCUUUGCGCGAGAGGACGUCUGCGAAUAAUGGGGAGACCAUCACCAGCCUUCCCAUCAGUAUCCCCCUCAGCACAGUGCAGCCCAAUAAACUCCCUGUUAGUAUUCCUUUGGCCAGCGUAGUCCUUCCUAGCCGUGUUGAGAAGGUGAGAAGCACACCUAGCCCUGUCUAUCAGAACCGAGAUUCCUUUUCAACACUUGAAAAACAAUUUGGUGCUAGUUCGCAUAACAGCAUUGGCACUGCUGCUGGUAACAAGCCACUGACCUUGGCUACCUCAGGUUUUUCUUACAUGUCUGGCUCUGCACCAAUCGGCGGGACUGUUCCAAAUAGCCCCAGCCCAUUGAACCCGACUGCUGACACUAUAGCUAUGGAGGAAGUAUCCAGUUCAGGAAGCUUGUUCAACUCCACGGGAUCUCGAAGUUCUACUCCACAGCAUCCUUCCUUGCUUACAUCGUCCUCACGGAAUUCUGGACAAAACUCGCCUGCACACCAGCAUUCCGCGAGCCCUAGGUUGAACGGCAUCUCCCAGAGCUUGGGAGGGGUACUGCAGUACAUAGAGACUCAAAAAAUGUUCGCUGAAAACGCCAGGGGAGACCCUCCAUCCGACCCCACCUUUUCUGAUCCCGAGAGCGAGAGCAAACGAAGGAUCAUCUUCACCAUCUCCCCUGCCACAGGAACCCUCAAACAUUCUCCAUCAAACAAGCACAGCCCCCUUACUGCAAGUAUCCGGACGGAUUGUGGCCAGGCAUACAUGCAAGAUGGGAAGAAACGUGGCCGGAGGAAGCGGUCCUCCACAGGAACGCCAAGUGUAAACUCUGGGGUGUCACCCAAACGCAAAUCAUUGCCCCCCAUGGCUGGGCUCUUUGCUCAGCCUUCUGGAUCUCCUCUUAACAUCAACUCCAUGGUCAGCAACAUUAACCAGCCUUUAGAAAUAACAGCCAUUUCUUCCCCUGAAAACUCCCUGAAGAAUUCCCCGGUUCCAUAUCAGGACAAUGAUCAGCCACCUGUGCUGAAAAAGGAGAAGCCUCUAAUUCAGACCAAUGGCAUCCAUUACUCCCCGCUAACCUCUGAUGAAGAACAGAGUCUGGAGGAUGACCAUAACAGCACCAGAAUUGAAAGAAAAAUUGCUACAAUAUCUCUGGAAAGCAAAUCUCCACAAAAGCCGCUGGAAAAUAGCAUCAACUCAGCUGGGAGAAAGCAAGCUGCUGAAAGCAUGAACAGCAGCAAGUGGAAGUCAACCUUCUCUCCAAUUUCUGACAUCAAUCUUUCCAAAACGGCAGACAGUCCUUUGCAAGCGUCGGCGGCGUCCCUGAAUCAGAACACCCUCUUUGCCUUCAGACCGUCUUCUGAUGACAACAUGGCGGGCGACAAGGCCGGCCUGCAUGCGAGGAAACACAUGACUGCAUCUGAUGGGCUUGGCCAGAGUACCAAUGCCAUGAAUGGAUUUGCUUACAAUGGUGGGCUGUCGGCAGACGUCGGUUUACAUAGCUUUACUGAUGGUGCUUCGUUUUCUCACAAAACUGCUGACGUGAUGACGGCUCUGGGUGGCUCCUCGCUGGGUUUCCUUGUACAAAGGAACAAAGAGGCUGGAGUCCCUGAGACGAACCCGUUCUUGGGCAAGAGGCAGCUAGAAAGCCUUGGCGGUGGGAAAGGGGAAGAUUUAAGCUGGUCAGGACUGAAAGGCAAAGAGGCCAACGAACUGAGUGUCCGACUGGGAGGCUCUUCCGACAAGGCUUUGGUGCUAAACAACAAAUUCGGCAAAGGACGGGAACGAGAGGUGGAGUUCAAGAACGGCCACAACCUCUUCAUUGCUGCUGCUGCUGCUGUCCCCUCUGGUGGCCUUCUCAAUGGCAAAAGCCUCUCUGCAGCCAGCUCUGGCAAGUCGUCCAGCACGGCCUCCUCUACUCAGACCCACCACCCUUUCUUGAACUCCUUAACCACUGGCGCGCAGUUCCCCCUUGGCUCCAUGGUAACAAACUCCUCGGUACUGCAGUCCUUAUUUAAUUCGAUGCCAGCCGCCAGCCUAGUGCAUGUAUCAUCAGCUGCCACCCGCCUGACCAACUCGCACACGAUGGGGAACUUCUCUCCCGGGAUGACAGGUGGAACAGUUGGAGGUAACUAGGACUUCUACCUCAACCUGAUGUGACCUAUGCAAGGACAACAUGGACCAACUUCUCUCAGCUCCCACUGACGGUGCUUGCCUCUAUGGCUUAAGGAUUCCCCUCCCCUCCCGCCGCUACCCCACUUCUCUUUUACUACUGGACUCAAACCUAAGUCAUAAACAUAAAAACCAGAGGAAAAGGAAAAAAAGCUACUGUGAAUCUUAAGUUAAAAUAUAUAUUCAGACUGCAGAAGAAAAUGCUUAGAAACAGCUUCCAGUUUGUACUGUUGAUAGAGUAGAUAUUUAUAUAUUUUUAAAUGUUUAAAACACACACGCCCCGCACCCCCCCCCCUUGACAAUUUUUUGGUUCCACCUGAAGUUGUAGAACUGAAAGAAGGGGAAGAAGAGAAAAAAAAAAGAGGAAGGGAACUUAUAACAACAGAACCAUCGUUUUCUCUGAAAUAAAAAAGACCGGCACAUCAACAGAGAUGUAACAGAGCUUCUCUUGGUGCUAUUGACAUCUGACAAGCUGUGCCUCUCCAGUUCUGAACCCAUGGUGCUUUUUUUUUUUUUUAAUUUUUUUUGGGCCUGGUGGAGAUGAUCAACAUGAAGUUUUGUGGGACACACGCCAACCAACUAAUUUUUAUAUUGAAAUCAAGAAAGCAGUGGAUAUGGGAGAAGGGGGAGGGCGGGAAAUAGCUCAUUUGAAAACUUUAUUUUUUAAUGAUUCUGACAUCAGUGUAAUUUAUAACGCAAGCCUUGGUCAGCUGUCUUUCUCUCUCUCUUGCUCCCUCCCUCCCUCCCUCCCUCGCUUCUUUAUAGCCUCUCCUGGUGGAAUUCAGCUGUGGUGCUCGUGUUGGGCUCUCCGCCAGUGUUCAGACAUGCAGUGGUUGCUUGGAAGGGGGGGACUCUGCCUUAAUUGUGUGAAAGCCAAAGGGUUGCAUUUAAAAAAAAAAUUGAGGGGCUGAGUCACCGGUGAAAAGAAAUUGUAUCUUCUAUGAAUUAUGGGUGGUUAUUAAAAUGAUCCUUGCCAUUCCAGGCGGUUGGUUGGUUUACUUUGGGCAAUCAAGAAUCAGGUUGUUGACUUGUCAAAGUCUCAUAGUUGCCAUGCAGGCUGACUCUAUGAAGCUGUGAGUAGACUAGCCUCUGCCUUUGUUUUCCAAAAAAUUUUUUGUUUUGUUUUGUUUUGGUCUUGUGUGAAAGCCUUCCAGGGUCUUUAGAUCCCAGCCUCCAUCAGUCCCAGGUGGCUAGCGGUCAAGAAUGAUGUGACUUGUCAUCAUCUGGAGCAGGGGCCUCCAACCAUGGCAACCUUACGACUUGUGGACAUCAACUCCCAGAAUUCCUCAGCCCGUGCAUGCGCUGGCUGAGGAAUUCUGAGAGUUGAAGUCCACAAGUCGUAAAGUUGCCAAGGUUGGAGGGCCCUGAUCUGGAGGGCCAUGGGUUCUUGGCUAGUAAUUAGGAAGGUUUUCUCUUUCUUUUGUUCGUUCUUUCUCUCCCUCUUUGUUCAGGGGUUUGGGAUUGCAUCUUCCGGGAUUUAUAUCGUUUGAAAAUCAAUUUGUAAGAUUUGAUGAAUUGGAAGAUCAUCCAACCAGCUAAUUUGCCUUUUGUCCUUUACGCCUUCCCCUUGGGAAUACCUAGUGAGCUUAUUAUGUAUUUGCAGAUCCCUAGGAACUGAUCUAGGAGCCAGAUAGGAAGAGAAUAUUCCUAUCUAGUUUUAUCUUCUGCAUACCACCUCCCUUGUUUAGAGGGAAUUUCCUACAUUUUAUAAAGGCAUAAGUCCUUUGAUGUUGGUCUGACCGUAUAUCUCUGUCAAACUUGAGAAGUCAAGGCAGCUGAAUCUUGCGUCAAGAACGGGCUGCCCUCAGGUUCGUCUGUCGAGUUGAUUUGUUUGAAGUACAGUGUAUUUUUUUAAUUAGCAAGACUUUAAUACUUGAUUGAGAAGCAGCUUUGGGUUUUUGUUUUUGUUUCAUCAAAUUGAACACGUGCUGGUUUUGAUAUACGGCAUUUGCUUUUAAGGAAGCUUUUAAUAUUAUUUACUUUCACGUUCAGAGGAAACAACCACAACACUCGAAAGUUAUUAAUUUUUUGUUAUCAUGCUGAGUAUAUUUUUUAAGAGAAAAGAAAGAAAGAAAUCAAAUCUGUGAUUUGGGAGUUAUCAUUUUACAGAGGAAAAUAUAAGGCACACAGUUUGGGAAAAGCAACAAAUAUUUUAUAGAAAAUGACGGUGACUUCUCGUUUAUUUUUGUAUCAGACUGUUCAUAGUAAAAUAGGAAGAGGGAUGUGGUUUAAUUUUUUCAAGCAUGUAGAAGCAAGUGUGAAAGGAAAGGAAAACUUUGGUGCAAACCUUUGAACAGAAAGGAUCAAGAAUUGUGAGGAGAAAUACAAGUGAUAUGAAGAGAAAGGUAAAAACACGUCAGUGUUCUCAUUCAAUGAGAAUCAGUCAGUUGAUCAUAUUAAUAAACCCUAAUAUCUUUUUCAGACAACUUUAGAAAAUACAUGUAUGCAGGCUUAAAGCUCUGGGUAAACUCUACUGCAGGAUAAUUCCAUUUUUUUGCCUUUUUCGUUCCACAAUGCAUAUCCUUCUGGCCGGUUUAGACUACAGCUUCUCUUAAUCUCAGCAAACCUCACCAAAGUUCAGGAAUGAAGUGAGAACAGCUUAAGAACAACAGGCUGGGUGAGAAAAAUGUUUUAGAAAGUUGAGCUCUUUCUGAUGGUAUUGAAAGACAUCCUAGGUUUUGCAUAAUUUCUGCAUUUCUUCCCUUUGAGCCAAAAGAGGAGGGAAUAAGGGGUGGGGGGGAAAUUGCCAAACGCUAUUCAAUUUCCCUUAGGAAGAGGAAGGGUUUUACACCAACUGUGUUGAAGCUUUUGAGACACUUGGCAACUUGGAACAAACACCAUGAAACAAUUCUUUAAUAAUAGGAUGAUUAUUUUUCCUAGCUUGCCAUGAAGAAAGGAAGGAGAUUGUAGGACAGGAAGAAGAUUAGAAAAUGUGACCCAAAUAUUUGAGUUCCUAGAUUUUAAGGCACAGGAAUGUGGAGUUUGCUACCUUCCAGUGUUUUUCAAUUUCAGCAGCAUAUAACUUGUAUGGACUUGCUGGGGAAUUCUGGGAGUUGAAGUCCACACGUUUUAAACUUGUUGAGUUUGAGAAAUAUUGCACAAGAGGCGUGUUCUGCCUGGGUAUAGAGGAGACUUUUCAUUCUUGAGGCAAUCAUUAUAACUUGAAGCGUGUACAGCAUAUUCACCUGCAGUCUUUUUAAAAUCUCUCCCCUUUCUUGCGGUCUCUCUCUGUUGGGGUUGCCAGGGCAAGCUCCGGAGUGUGGCAUUUUAUCUGCUUGCUUUCUAUUUUUCUUCCCCCUAUCUAUCUUAGAAAGCCUAAUCAAUCCCCAGUUUUGUUGUUGUACUGCCUUCCCCCGAAAAGUUUAAAUAAGGGGCCAUGGAAUAGGAACCUCUUCAGAAUAUAUGUGAGCUACAGGAUAACACAACAUAAAGUUAAUUUCUUUUUCUUUUUUUAAAAAAAUGGGUGUGCUGAUCAAAAUACUCAUUCAAUGAAACUGAUUUUAGUAGAGCACCUAUUACAUAGUUAGGUGGCUGUUUCUCUUUGGACAAGCACGAUUACACAAGAGGGGGCUACAAAGGGGCGAUCUUCCCCAAGCACUCUGCCUUAUUCCACAAUGAGCAUCUGAUUUCUUGUUGGUGCUGUUCAGGUGUGAGAAAUGCAUAACGCAAGAAGUUGGAUUUGAUGAAGCCUAAUUAUUGUGAAAUCUUCUGUCCAGCUACACGAUUAUCUCACUAUUUCUGAGGCCGAGAUAACUCUAUGGUGCUUCAAUCAGUUCUUUGCACUACGGGGUAUUGGGAAACGCAACCUCUGUACCCUUUUCGAUGUGGAGUUUGUCCUGGCUAAGAAGAAACUUAAUGGCUAAGAAGUCUUUGGAACAUUUCUGGGUCAGUCAGGAUGUUUUAAGCGGAGUGGGCUAGUCAUAUUCCUUUCUAGACAUUUCAUGCUUGCUGGGUUUUGUGGAUAUUUCACCCCACCCCACCCGCACGUAUCCAAUCUCAGCUGCAGUUAAAGAAAGAGACCAGAUCUUACCUGUUAAGUAUUUUUCAACCUAUAAUCUACCUGUCCUUAAAUGCGCAGAAAAUGAGUUUUAAGCAGAUUAGAAAAAAAUCACAGCCUGUAUUUUUCGCGCAAUUACCUUUUCAGGAAAACGAGCGCAAACACUCAACUUGACCCCAUCUCAGCAUAGGUUAUGGUGCUAUUAACCUGGGUGCUUUCUCAGACCAGCCUGGGAUCUGUUCGUAUCCAUGUUUCUUAGGUUCUUCCAAGCACAGGUACCGCUGAUUUGUCACUGUUAUAGAUUAAUCGUGUUUGUUGUUUGUUCUCGUGUAAGGCUCUUGUCCUGGAUUGAUUAAUGAAAUGUGGCUUUAUCAGUGCUCAGUGUCUUGAUGGCACCCCUUUCAUCUGUGUAAUGGGAAGCGUGCAGUCUUGAAAUAUAACCAUUUCAUGUAUUUUGCUUCCCCUCGUCUUGCCUUUAAAUAUCUUGACUAUCUUGCAUCUUCUCUUUGGCCUGAUAUGUAAGCAUUUUUAAAAUUUAUGCUCAGAGCCCAAAAUCAGUGAAUGAAAUAAUUGUCUACAAUUGGGGGGGGGGGUUUCAGGGGAGGGGAUGUUGUGUAAUUCAUGUGUGCUGUCACAGCAGCAAAAAUCAGAGAAACUUGCAUUUAGGGGACAUAUUGUUUGCAAAUAAAGAGAACUGAGGGGAGGGCAUGUGUUCUCCCACGAGAUAUUAUAUAUAUAUGCAGGGACCUACAGAUGAUGGAGCAGAGUUUCACUGAGGAAUCUGAUCCGAUCUUUCUGAUGCAGGAGGUUUAAAUGUUAAGAUUUCAUCUCCAAAGAUUCUAAAUUGGCUUGUAUGGAUCCUUAAUAUCCAGGGAGUUCCUUUAAAAAAAAUCUGCCCAAAGUUCACUAGAGUUGCAGUGUAUAAUAUCCAGUAAUCGUUUGGGGAUAUGGGGAGAGUAACUCAGUUUAGGGGGGCCUCUCUGGAUUCCAGGGUGGCAGCCUUUUCAAACGCCUGGUUCAAGCUGAAGCAGCCUCCUGUGCAAAUUUCAGGGAUUUAAUGAGUGGAUUUUCAUAUUAUUUAAUUCAUUUUCUCCCAUAUGCUUUUCUCCUACCCCACACAUAGGUCGUGCUGCAGUUUUUCAAAGAUUACCCUUGCUAACAUUUAACUUUCUGGGAUUUUUUUUCUUUUUUUAAAAAAAAUGAGGGGAAAAAAAAGGUGGGUAAGACAAGUCUAGCUCCUAUGGCGACUUGUGUCAGCGUUUUGCAUUUUUGAGCCUUUUGGAUAUAUUCUCUGCAGAAUAGAAUGGAAGUCUGUGUUGGAGUUCAAGGGGAACUUCAGUCAAUAAUGGAAAUUGCUGCUGCUCAGGAAUUCAUUUGUAAAAUAUUAAAAAAAUAUAUAUAAAAUCCAUUUGUAAAUGGAUUGAAGAGAGUAUCCAUUUUCUUAAAAGGUGGCAAUAUGGGAUGUUUUUUUCCUAGGGUCUAGGAAUUCAUUUGUACACAUUAGCCCAUGAACAUGAAAUUUAUUUAAAGAUUUAAUUUUUCCACUGUGGAAAAUAGGACUUCUGGAUCUGAGUUGCAAAGAUCUAGAGGGUAGCAAAGAUGCAGAAAUCUCCUUGCUGCCGUUUAGUGACUGUUCAGAGCCUUGCAGACAAGAUCGGAUAAUCCUAUUCCACCGUAUCUUUGUCUCGUCUUUGUUUUUUAAACUUUGCUUUAAACUUUGCUUAAGUUUUAUCUGCCAUUCUUCCAUAAAAAGUCACAUAGAAAAAUUCUGGCAUGUGUAUAUAUGUAUGUAAUAAUAAGCUUAUCGAUAUAUUUUCCACUCUUCUGAUCUUUCCAGUUCUAGAAUUUCCAUUCUAAUCUUCUCUUUGAAUCUUCCCACACUUCACUUUGAUUUGUAAAUGAAAGAAAAAUGGCUUUUGAAGUUUGUCUUUAUAUUAAAAAUGUAUGUAUUUUAAUACACUGUACUAAA